AUGGUCAGUGGUAUCACCGAUGUACAACACAUAUUUACUCAUCGAAAUGUAUACGAGCAAGGUGAUAUUUAUAUUAAACAAUUUGGUAUUCUUACUCCAAAUUCGCUCAUUUUGGUCAAAGGAGCUCAUUUCAAACGACAUGCCACUAUUACUCUACCACUAUUUCGUCGUGGAAAGAUCACGAACAAUAUUGAUUUAAUUGUUGAUUGUACUGACAAACUUUUGGCCAAUUGGCGUACUAGACCUAAUAAGCAUGUUCAUUGUGAUAUUGUUCAACAAUGUCAAAAUUUGAUGCUCCAAAUUUUUGGUUUGAUCGGAUUUGAUUAUGAUUUGGAAAUGCUCGACGAACGUGGUUCAGAUCAAAAUGAACUUGGAAAAGCACUCUUUGAUCUAUUAAAAGCAGCUGAAUUUAUCAUUUUUGCACCAACUUUUAUGGGCAAACUUUAUACAACAUUCAGUGGUCGACAUCGAAGAGCAAAAGCAAUUAUUAAAAAAUAUCUUUAUAAAAUGAUUGAAAAUGAAAUGGCCUAA